AAAGAAGUCAUGACGUCACUGGUCAACCCUGCUUACAACAGCACGGUGGGGUCCCCAACAGACCAAGUCAACGCAAACACGACAACGGCGGGACUCUCCGUGGAGGAACGCGACCCAUUACAAAAUGAGAUUAACAAAAUGAUGAAGGAGAGCUUGAUGGACUCAGACUUCAGCCAGACGGACAAUAAGAAUGAGGGGGUGUCCAUCCAAAGUGCCGUUCUUGGGGGGUCGGCGGGGAAGAGCCGCUCCAAGUAUGCUUCAACGGACUACUCUUCCAUGGGAAUAGGCAAUCCAUUAGAAAACCUGCCCGGGGCAUACUCCGAUGAUGACUAUGAUGAUGAUGAGGACGAUGUUUAUGUGGAAGAGGAGGAGGAGGAUAGGAGAUUGACAGUAGCAGAUGAUAACAUCCUUCGGGAGAGGAACAAGGUUAAAGCAGAAGCCAUGUUUGCCGGCAUUGAUUUCAUCGAUGAUGGGGAGGAUGAGGAUGAUAGUGAGGACGAGGAGGAGGAGGAGGAUGAUGACGAGGAUCAAGCAGAAGUUGUGAUCAUUGAGGAAGUCGAUAGCGCAGAUGAGAAAGCACCAAAGAGAGUGAAAACAGAUGAUAGCUGUUCACCAAAGGACCCUGAUGCAGAUCUUAUGUCACCAGAUGAAGUGAUUGCCACAAAGCUAGGUGGCAUUUUAAGUUAUUAUGCCAACUUAGAAGCAUUGACGAAGCAACGUUCUGAACAGAUUGAGGAUGAUACCACGUCGUUACGAGGCAGUGUCAGUGAUUCGUCAGAUAUAGAGGGAGAGAGGCACGAAGGCCUUUAUGAAAUGCCUCAGCAACCGACCCCUUUCGAUUCAGGACCUUCUACUAUGGAUGAUGAGAGCACAGAUGAUUGUGAAUCCACAUAUGAUAUGCUUUACAAGAGCUUUGGGCUCAGGACACAAGAAGAAACCUUUAAGACGGAUCUACUGUCCCCAUCGCAAGGUCAACAUGACCAUGGAUACGCCAGCGAGACAUCCGCUGAUGAGAGAGUAUCUCCAAUCAAGCGACCUGGAAUGCUGGUCAGAGAUGGAUUCAAGCCCCCGCUCAGUGCUCUUACCGAAGACCUCCCCCUCAAGAUUCUGUCCCCAACAACGGAAGCUGAGUCGGGCAUCGAGGUCACUCCGGAACCCAAGUCCAGCAAACCUCUGUUGGAUAAGGAACUUUCGGAAGCGCAGAAAAAUGCGCUGACGAAGCCGACGACACUUCCACCAGGCUGGCGUGAGGUAGCCGAUGCCCAUGGAACAUACUAUUGGCAUGUACCCACAGGAACUACGCAGUGGAGUCCACCCUCACCCACAGACAGCCAAGGAUCUGCAAGCCCACCCAAGAAACCUGCUCGGGAGCAGAAACAAGGUCAUUCAUCUGGAGGAACCAAGGACCAAGAACAGGACCCCAACCUCAAAGAGUUCCAGAAGUCCACACUGCGUUAUGCAAACCUGAAACUAGGACCAAGCACUUCUAAACAGAGCCAGGAACCAAAGCUCCUCUCAGAACAAAAUGUACGGGGUAUCCGGUUCCACGUGCGCUCCCUUGGCUGGGUGGAGAUGGAGGAUGCGGACCUGUCGCCGGGCAAGAGCAGUCUGGCGGUCAAUAACUGCAUACGGCAGCUAUCCUAUCGCAAGAACGACAUCCGCGACACGGCCGGGAUCUGGGGAGAGGGUAAAGACAUGUACAUGGUCUUAGAGGACGAGUACCUGAAACUCACGGACCCUAACGACUCCACCAUCCUCAACUCCCAGCACGUGUGCAGCAUCCGAGUCUGGGGUGUCGGACGCGAUAACGGAAGAGAAAGGGACUUUGCCUAUGUAGCCAGGGACAAAGUCACCAAGCGCUACAAGUGCCACGUGUUUCGAUGCGAUAUCCCGGCUAAGGCCAUCGCCAACGCGCUGCACGAAAUCUGCGCCAAGGUGAUGAGCGAGCGCCAAAAGGGCAACACAAUCUCCAUGGUAACCCAAGGUCAGAUGAUCAGACAACAACAGCAACAACAACUGAUGCAAAUGAAGAGUAUUUCGCUAGACAGUAGCAAGGAUGCCACCCACACACCAUCAGCAGGUGUGGACUUCCCUACACCCAAGAUGGAGCCCAUUACUGUCUUCCGUGCAAACUAUGUGGGAAGUACAUCUGCACUCAAGCAAUCAGGCAUGGAUGUGCUGAAUGAUGCCAUUGAUAAGGUGGUUGGAAUGGUCGGUGAAGACCAGUGGACACCGGUCAGGAUUGAAGUAGCUGUUUCAACGGUCACUGUCACAAGUGUGAAGACCAAAGAAACAGUUGCCGAGAACAGGAUACGGUUCAUGUCAUUCCUAGGCAUCGGUAAAGACAGCAGACACUUUGCAUACAUCAUGUGUAUUGGGAAGAACAAGUUCCAGUGUCAUGUCUUCACCUGUGAGCAUUCCGCUGGGGGUCUGGCUAAGGCAGUUGAAGCAGCAUGCAAGCUGAGGUAUCAGAAGUGCUUGGAUGCAAACCCCAAAGGAUCACAAGUCAAUGCAGCCGAUGGCAAGACGUGGGGCUGUGCACUCAAAACUGGCAUCCAAUCCAUCUUCACCAAGUUUGGAACGAUGAGGAUACAGGGCAAAGAUGCUCCAAUCAGUGCCGUCUAGGGCAUCCAGCCAAUCAACGAUGCGUUGCCUAGCAACCAACAGUCUUGGAGGUGGUUCCGUUAAACAACGUCAAGAGCCGUUUCCCCAUUCUUCUGUACUCAACACAUUCUAUAAAUACUAUGUGAUGAUGUUUUCAAGCAUUGAUCUUGGAAGUGCUGAUUUUCUGUGAGCCAGAUGACGUGCAGUGUUUUGUCAUAUGCUUGUGUUAUAUGAUGUGAGAGAGAGAGAGAGAGAGAGAAUGAGAGCACUGGCAAUCUGUAUGUUUCUAUAAACAUGUAUCUUAUGUAUGAGGCUUAAUUGCAUGAGAAAUCAACUAAUUACAUUGCAUAUAUAUUGAUGUUGUAAAUGUUUGAAAAGAUUCAUUCUUGACUAGAACUCAAUUAUCUUGAACCAAAAUAAAACAAUUUGUUAGGAAUAUUUGGACAAAAAUAUUAAAGGGUGGUUAUAGUCGGGUUGGGUCAAUUUAACUAUGUAAUAACUAGUUGAUUGAAUAUUACUGUUGAAAUAAUGCAAUUUAAGUACACGACACAACUGCAGAAUAAGAAGGUGUAUUGAAUAUAGCCCUCUUGAAUAAAUGAUGCUUUUAAGAAGAUUAACAUGUGAACUAUCUGUACAUAUCAUUGCACUGGAGAGCAGUAUCAUUAUCUACUUGGAUAUUUAUCACUUUAUCGUAUGCACUGUAACAUAAAUGUGAGC